UUUAAACCGAGAGGAAGAAACAACGCGACGGCUUCUUGGAAUUGUGGCGGUGGCGGAGAAAGUAGAGCAAACCCACGUUGUAAUUCCCCUCGAUCGAUCAGAGUUCUUCUUCGAUUACGCUCAGAUUCUUGUUUUUUAAAUUUCCAUCCAGGAAGCCGCCCAUCUAUUUGGCAAACGUAUAAUGGCUUUUACUUCAUCAACUAAUAGCAUUGGUUUGCUUAAUUUACAAAAGAAUGGCAAACAUUCGAACAUGGACCUGCCUUUGUUCCGCUCAAGUCAUUUGAAGGUUAGAAGAUUCAAAAGAAUAUUCAAAUGUGCAUCCCAGGUGAAUGAUAUCAGUGUUGAAGUUGUAAAUCCUGAAAUUGACUUUAAAGAUCCAGAUUGGAAAAAGCACUUCCAAGAGGAUUUUGAUAAUCGGUUCAGGUUGCCACAUCUUACGGAUAUUCUUGAUGUGAAGCCAAGACCAACAACGUUUUCUCUUAAGAGCAGAGGUCCUCUAGGUGAUGGUAAUGGUGCACCAAUGGAUACAUGGUACGGCUAUGUGAAUGAUGACGAUAGAGCACUUUUGAAGGUUAUAAAGUUUGCUUCACCAAAUUCUGCAGGAGCUGAGUGCAUUGAUCCAGAUUGUAGCUGGGUGGAGCAAUGGGUUCACCGUGCUGGUCCUCGUAAACAAAUAUACUAUGAACCUAAAGAAGUAAAAGCUGCAAUUGUCACUUGUGGAGGGCUUUGUCCUGGUCUUAAUGAUGUCAUUAGACAGAUAGUUUUCACACUUGAAAAGUAUGGUGUUAAAAACAUUGUUGGCAUCCAAUUUGGAUACCGUGGAUUUUGUGAUGAGAAUUUACGAGAAGUGCCGCUUUCACAUCAAGUGGUUCAAAACAUUAACCUUGCUGGUGGAAGUCUAUUGGGAGUAUCUCGUGGAGGGCCUAGUAUAAGUGAUAUUGUGGACAAUAUUCAGGCUAAGGCCAUAGACAUGCUCUUUGUACUGGGUGGAAACGGUACACAUGCAGGGGCAAAUGCCAUACAUGAUGAGUGUCGCAAGAGAAAAAUGAAAGUGUCAGUUGUCGGUGUCCCCAAAACCAUUGAUAAUGAUAUACAACUAAUGGACAAAACAUUUGGUUUUGAUACUGCGGUAGAAGAAGCUCAACGAGCAAUUAAUUCUGCAUAUAUUGAGGCUCAGAGUGCAUACCAUGGCAUUGGACUGGUUAAAUUGAUGGGAAGAAGCAGUGGGUUCAUAGCCAUGCAUGCAUCACUUUCUAGCGGUCAGAUAGAUAUCUGUUUAAUCCCAGAGGUUCCCUUCAAGCUAGAGGGGCCAAAUGGCUUAUUGCAACACCUUGAGCAUCUGAUAAAAACAAAAGGAAAAGCUGUGGUUUGUGUUGCUGAAGGAGCAGGACAGGAACUGCUACAGAAGUCAGCUGCAUUAGAUGCAUCAGGAAAUGUGGUACUUGGAGAUAUUGGAGUUCACAUUCAGCAACAGAUAAAAAGACAUUUCAAGAAUAUAGGUGUCCCCGCAGAUGUGAAGUACAUAGACCCAACAUAUAUGGUUCGAGCAUGCCGUGCUAAUGCAUCUGAUGCUAUCCUAUGCACUGUGCUUGGCCAGAAUGCUGUACAUGGUGCAUUUGCUGGAUUCAGUGGCAUCACAACAGGCAUAUGCAAUAUCCAUUAUGUCUACCUUCCCAUUCCAGAAGUAAUUAGAUCUCCGAGGCGUGUCGACCCCAACAGUAGAAUGUGGCACCGAUGUCUGACAUCAACAGGCCAGCCUGAUUUCCGCUGAUAUUAAUUAGGGAGCAGCAGCUUAUUCAGAUUGCUUCUUGCUUCCUGCAAGUGUGCAUGUUUGGGGUAUAGAAGGCUUUAAAUAAGGAUCAUUUUCCAAUUUUCUUUUACACAAUGAUCAUGUAAAUUAUCAGUUUUGUGAUUAAUAAAGUUGAAAGGAGGAUGACAGACAUCAUUUGAGGAUGCCCACAUCAGAUGUAAUAAACUGCUAUGUAAUUGUAGAAAAAUUCAACCAAAUAAUGGUUCUUGCAUAUGUAUUGUAACUAUUUUUUGAAAAGUUCGAGGCAUUUAAAGGUUGCAACUACUAAUUUAUCAGGGUUUCCAUGUACACCACAUUAAGUUCCAAUAAGGAUUCAAUUAUAGUA